AUGUCGUCGAGUUUGCCCAUCAGUCCUGGCUCCAACAUCACCGCGCCAACGCCGCAAAACACCCCUUUGCAGCACGCCCCAUUAUCGGCAGGAUUAUCGCGGCCAACCGUGCCAGAUAUUACCGAGGAUAAGGAGGAUGAUGAAGAGGAUGAAGUCGAUGGCAACCCGUUGCAGAACGCGAUGCUUGGGAUGGUUCAAGGCAGGCUCGCUGACCUCGUCGGCCGGAGCUCGGGUUACAUUGAGAAGCUCCCUGUCGAGGUCAAGCGCAGCGUCGAGGCCUUGAAAGGUGUACAGAUCAAGCAGAAUGAACUGCAGAACAAGUACAAGCGCGAGUGCCUUGAGCUUGAAAAAAAGUACCUUGAGCUUUCUAAGCCUCUGUACGACCGUAGAAUCUCUAUUAUCAAGGGCAAUGCAGCCCCCACAGAGGAGGAAAUAGAAGCUGGAGAGAAGCAAUCUGCUAAGGAUGACGAAGAGUACACCCCUCUUCCGAAGGACGCUCCUGCCCCGUGUGCCAUCCCUGAAUUCUGGCUGACCGCUCUUCAAAACCAUCUCGGCCUUCAGGAUCUCAUUACUGAACGCGAUGCAGGCGCCUUGAAGCAUUUGAUCGAUAUCCGUCUUUCCUACCUCGACAAUCUUUCUCAGCUUGACGCCAAACCUGGUUUCAAGAUCACCUUUGUCUUCAGUCCGAAUGAAUUUUUUGAAAACGAGACGCUUGAGAAAACCUAUUACUAUCAGGCAGAGGUCGGCUACUUUGGUGAUUUUGCCUAUGAUCGCGCCGUAGGCACCGAGAUCAAGUGGAAAGAAGAUAAGGAUCUCACGAAGGAGUUCGAGAUAAAGAAGCAGCGCAAUAAGAACACAAAUCGGACUCGCGUCGUUCGCAAGGCACGGCCUACAGAGUCGUUUUUCAACUUCUUUUCCCCACCGACGCCGCCCAGCGAGGAUGCUAUCGCAAACGGCGAUAUAGAGGAAGAAGAACUAGAAGAGCUUGAAGAAAAGGUUGAAAUGGACUACCAGAUCGGCGAGGAUCUUAAGGAGAAGAUUAUUCCCCGCGCCAUCGAUUACUUCACCGGCAAGGCCCUCGAGUACGACCUCAUGGAGGGAGAUGAUGAUGAUUUCGAGGACGAGGAGGAUGAUGACGAAGAUGACCAUUUCGAUGAUGACGUAUGA